AUGUUUGAUCGUUUAGCUCCAGCUGAAGGGAACGAGCUGGUCAGGCUGUUCAAGUGGCCGUGCGGCGCUGAGCUUGCGUUGCCUCCCCGCCGAUGGUUGUUGAACCCUGUCGCAAGCCCCGUCGGAGAUUCGUAUGGCUUUUUCGAAUUUCAGCAAGACGAGCUGGGCGAGGUCUUUGCCGUAGCCAAGCUUGCCCGGCUGUACGUCCCUUCAGUGGGGUCGGCCAUCUUCGAUUCCAAGAAGGAGUUCGUUAGGUUUUGGAAGGAGCUUGUAUACACUGCACGGGAAAGGAAUGUGCGCCGUCUGCUGAUAGACGUAUCUGGAAAUGCGGGUGGUUUCGUUGAUCUGGCAUACUUACUUGUGAGAGCACUGUAUCCACAUUUGCAGUUUGACCAGCUGUGCAACAUGUAUGACAGACCUGUGGGGUCGCUGUACGAAGCUUGGAAGAUGGUGAACACCACCCCUCUUGCAAGGUUCAUGGAUGAUGCAGCAGCUAUAGAUCAGCGCUUGAGGCAGAUGACGCCGCAUGAGCAGUCCGCAAUGAAGACGGUAUUGCAGAAAAUCACAAAGGCAUGCAUGGAGAUGGAUGUUUUGGACAUGGACGAUGUGCUUCAGAUCCAAUCAGCAAUUGAUUCUCUGGACACAGGCGAUGUGGACGAGGAGAGCUUGCGCGGGACCCUUGAGGUCCUCACCGCAUCCGCCGAAAGCUUCGGGAAUCCCUUCUCCCUGUAUCUUUCGGGGUAUUCUGAAAACGGUACUUCAUUUGAUCCAUUCAAGUCCUUGCGUUCUGCUGCGCGAGGUGGCAAGUCUCGCGUGAUGCUCACAGACUUCUUCCGUAUUGAGGACUGUGUCAUCGCAUAUACUCAGCAGUAUGUAGAUGCUCUUAAGGGUGUGGAGCAUCCGUUCACAAAUGUGCUUUUCGUUUCUGACGGUCUUUGCGGAUCCUCGUGUGACACCUUCUCUCGGACUGCCUAUCUGAUAUCGAAACAGAAUGAGCAUCGGCAGGAAAAAGGCAUGACAAUAAACUACGUCACAUUUGGAGGACUUGGAGGAACCUUCGAGGAUGCCCAGAGCACACUUUCCGCAACAUCUUUUCCUGGUGGGAAUCUGAUGACGGCUGCGAUGGCACAAGUGUACAAUCCAAUAUACUCCGCAGCGGCUUUGGGAUACUUGGCUGCGGAAUGGGCUGGCCUUGGCCCCAUGAAGAGCCAAUUGGCCCACUUUCGCACCUUCGUGCCUCAAUACCCAUACUAUUGGAACAACUUGCCGCAAUACCCGCAAAGCGAGAUGUACCAAAAUGUGCUGGGCGAACAUUCCUUGCCUUCAGAGUUCUAUUUCUUUCCAACAGAUUUUUAUUUGCCAGAUUGGUAUGAUGGUGUGGUGGGCAAGCCUCACGAAUGGAAUGAAUCAGAACUGAGAAGACUUUAUCGGGAUGCAGCCAAAGCGUUUGCAGCCGUCAACUCAGGCCCUGCGUCUCGUGACCUGCUUGCCCAGCUGGCACAGCCUGCUCUGCAACCUGGAAACUUCGGCUGGGCCUUCUUUGCAGCCCUCGCGACGGGGCUCCUUCUGGCCGUCUUGGCAGGACAUGCGUCUCGCAGCGAUUCGCCAGCACUUAACGAACACAUGAUCCUGUCUGACAACUUCGAACAUUGA